ACUUAAUAGAAAAAAAAAGAAUAAUAAUAAUAGGAAAAUAAAUGUACAUAACAUAGAAACUCGCGUCUCAAUCCAAGUCUCCGGCAGUCGCAACAGUUUGAUCAGUCUGACUCUAUCCCCUGCCUCUCUCUCUCAGGCUGCUCAAUAGUUGUGCAAGUCGAGCUAGCUCACUCACUCACUUCUUUACAUUUUACUUAUUCCUCUCUCACCAGCCAGCCAGCAGGCCGAGGAGAGAGAGAGAGAAGAGAGCUGCCAAACAGAACAGAUCCGCUCCUCAGACUGGCACAAAGUACAAGAGAGGACAAAACAGAGGCAAAACCAACCCAAAAAUCCAUUUCAUUCCGAACACACCACCAUCAAGAGUUCCACUGGUGAAUUUGGCGUGAAAAAACGGUGGGUGUGACGACGACGACGACGGCGAAGAAUUGAAAUUGAACUAGAAUUUGUGCCCCCCAGUUGAAAAAAAAGUUGUAACAAUGGUCAUCACGCUAAUAGUGCACGUGAGGAGAGUGGUGAAAAAGAUUACCUGUGCCAGAUAAUAGUGUAUGUAUAGAUCGAAAUCGCCUACAGUUUUACAUUUUGAAUAGUUGUGUCGAGUUAUGUUUGUCUUGUUGUGAUUGUGAUGAUGAGUGAUGCUUAUCAGAAUCAUCAUUAGUGAGACUGCACAAGAAUAGUGCAGAAUUCUUGGACCAGUGGAUUGCAGCUUGUCAUGCAAGUUGCGACACUGUUUAGAGAAACGGCAAAGUUGCUGGGAAUGGACGGAGCAGCAGUCAUGGACAAUUCGAAAUAUUGCAUGGGAAAGCCUGAAGCUCCAGCGGAUGACGGGUACGAGACGUGUUUGGACGUAAUGUGCGGUGGAGGAGGAGGAGGAGGUGGACCACAUCAGGACCGUUUUGGGAAUAAUACGACGAAUAAUCAUCAUAGUUUUGACCCUGGAAUGCGACAUCCCCAACAACCGCAUCCCCAACAGCAACAGCAGCAACAACAACAACAACACCUCCCUCAACAUCCACACGCGAGGUCGAUGAAAAUGGGGGGUGAUCCGUAUGGCGGUGACCCGUACAGUUUUGUGGAUGAGAUGCCGAGUAUGGAUUAUAUGUGCAAUAAUAAUAGUAUCAAUGGUGGGGGUGACCGUGGUGGGGGUGGAAAUCCGGUCAAUCCACAGCCAAAGAAGAGGGGAAGGAGGAAAAAGUCCGACCCGAGGAAUGCCGAAUUCAGCGAGACGCCCAUGACUAAGAGUGUGGAUGACAAGCUGGACGCAAAAGAGAGGAAGCGUCAAGACCGUUUUAACGGACUGACGGAGGAAGAAGUGUCCCAACGUACGCUGCCAGAUCACUUAGCUUCUAAUUUGGACAUAAUCAUUGUCGGUAUAAAUCCUGGCAUGUUCGCAGCCUACAAAGGUCAUCAUUACGCCGGACCUGGGAACCAUUUCUGGAAGUGCAUGUACCUCGCGGGUCUAGUACCAGAACCUUUCUCCGCCGAUGACGAUUUUAGUCUAAUAAAUUACGGCAUCGGUUUCACAAACAUGGUCGCCCGCCCCACCAAAGGCAGUGCGGACUUGACGCGGCGCGAAAUAAAGCAAGGAUCUCAAAUUCUGCUAGAAAAGUUACAAAAAUUCCGACCCAAGAUUGCAGUAUUCAAUGGAAAACUUAUCUAUGAAGUGUUUUCUGGCAAGAAGGACUUUCCAUUCGGACGCCAAUCGGAAUUUGUGGAUGGAACGAAUACGUACAUAUGGGUGAUGCCUUCCUCGAGCGCCCGCUGUGCUCAGCUACCCAGGGCCGCGGACAAGGUUCCAUUUUACAUGGCACUAAAGAAAUUUCGCGACUACUUGAACGGGUUGAUCUCGGAAAUUGACGAGAGUGAAGUUGUUUUCCAUGAGCCCAAGUCAUCCAGCAAAACCAACUCGCCCAACGGGAGUGAAGGCGGCGGGAUUGGAGGGAAGAACAAGUGUGAGUCAAUCACGAACGGUGGGGACAGCAGUUUUCCGGUGAACCCAGCCAAAAAGAAGAGAGGCCGGCCAAGGAAGGGAAUGGAGAAGAAUGGUGGUGGUGACUCUUCAAAAGCGGCCAAGGUACUCAAGCAGAGUGGGAUCAACGUUAAAGAUAACGAUGCGAAAGGAGCGGGUGGUGGAGUAGGAGGAGAAGAACCGCUCCGGAAGAGGAGAGGAAGACCAAAGAAGGUGAAACCGGAAGACGGAGGUCACCCAACACCUGUCAAUAACAAGGCGUCGGUGAAAGGAGGAGGAGUAACUAGUGUUGGUGGUGGUGGUAUUGGUGGUGGUGUUGGUGUUGAUGGAGGUUACGAACGUGGCGGCAUCCCCUCAGCGGCCAGUAUCCUGUCAAGCCAGCAGAAGGCAUCCUCCAUCAGUAGUGGCUACUCGACGGGGACGGCGGGUAGUAACAGUUCCGAAGAUCGGUGUCGUCGGGAUGAGAAUGGGUCCCUGUCGAACGCAGGGAGUAGCGGCCUCUCCCCUUCCCACCACUCCUUCACCACUCAGUCCGACUUGUCUUCCGAAAUCAGUGCGGCCAUCUCCUGUGGGUCGUGCCCUCCAUCCCCCACGGCCACGACAAACAACAAUAGUAAUAAUAAUCAGACUGAGACUGUUUUCGAGAGUCUUUCCAUGUCCAGAAAUAACCCCUCGAUAGACCUGAAUAAUCACCUCAACAAUAAACAGCAAGUUAUCAAUUCUAUGCACGGUGGUGGCAGUGAGCCGACCAACAAUUGUGGUAACCUGUACCAGUCCAACAGUGGCGUCAUGGAUGCACACCAGCCUCAUGAGCAACAAUCCUAUUCAAUCCCCCAGUAUCAACCCUCGUACGACAAUAGGUUUCACCAUGUCAGCAAUAGAUCUCAAAGCUAUAUCCCUGCCGCGUCUUCAAGAGAAGACGAACAGCAGCAGCAGCUCGCUAUGCAAACACCUUCCUACCAACAACAACAAUCCCAAGCACAACAGCAGCAGCAGCAGCAACCUCCCAUCCCAUCUCAGCGCCAACAGCAACUCCAACAACAACAAUCUUCCUCCUACGAACAAAAAUCUUACGAGCAGAAAUGUCUCGACAUAACCACCAAGUCCCUCUCCGGUCUAGAGUCGUUAGUGGAUCAGAUCCCCAGCAUUGCCGAGGCUGAGGCCAACGCUGGGCACAACAUCGUGUCUGACCCGUCCCUCCUCAUCUCGCACUCCGCACAAGCCUCAAUGUCCUCUCUCUCCAAUUCCUCCCUCCCCAGCUCCAUGGGUCACUUUGUGAGCGAAUCUUCCUCCACAGGGUUUCUUCCAUACGGUCAUCAUGUUCCUCCCCCAUCGUCGAGUUACUCUGCUGCAUCUCACUAUGCAACAUCACCCUACUACGCGUCCGAGCUCGGCUCGAGCUUUCCUCUCAACAACACGCUCAGCUCUGCCUACCCACCCUCACCAUCGCUGUUCGGCUACACGGGCUACCACCACAGCCAGUACCAGGGGGGAGGAGGGUAUGGUCACGGUCCCCCCACGAGCUCCUCCCUCCACUUGCCACCCUCAGCAUACGGGUCCCCAGCGAGCUACUCCUCGUCCGCCUACUCCUCCCAAAAUCCGUACAUGCAAGGGCACGCCAUGUCAUCCGCCCCAUCACCCGGAAUGGGACAACGCUACCCUCAACGGCCCUUCCAUCUACGGCAAGAGGACUUGGGACCCCUCGGAUUCGGCGGGUUUUGAUGGAGUGUGGAAUAAUGUGUGACUACUAAUCAGGUGCCAAAUGACGUGGCCGAAUUGUGCAACGAUUAUUGUUCAUUAUUACUCAAGAUUUUACGAAGAAGUGACAAAUCAUUCCAUGCUGGAGUCCUGUAAUAGUUGUGUGUUGUUUGCCAAGUUUUACUUUUUACUGAAAACUAAAAACCUUGCCUUCCGUUUUAUCUUCCUGUGGUCAUUCCGGAGUAGUAGAGACGAGACAGAGAGAUGUGUUGUGUGCGUGAGUGUGCGUGUGUAGGUGACCACUACUUUUUCUCACAGCAAUAUACAAAGAAAUACAGAAUGAGGAACUGGGGUAGGUACCCAAAAAUAGGUAGAAAAGACUGUUGACAUUGACAUGAUGACAUAUUAUCUACAUUAUUAUUAUGCAAUCUUCUCCUCGUGGAAAAAGUGGCACUCACUCAUCAGUUCACACAAUUUGUAUUCAAAGACAUUUUAUAGUGAUAGAAAAAAUUAGAGAAAGUCAUACAAACCAAAACCCAUCCUGCAGACUGACAAUGAGAAGAAGAAUCACAAUGCAAAGUCAAACUUACUUAUUAUUAGGUAUGCAAGUAGGUAAAUAUGUAGGUGUAGGUAUCCUUUCGUCUAGUUCAGUAUUUUAACACGACGACGCUAAUAAGUAGACAAGUAGGAGUCGAUUAAUCCUUAGUUCAGAGUUGAUGUUGAUUGGUACUUAUAUCCAAGAAAAUGCUUUAAAUCUGGUGGAUCGACUCUGAAUUCCAUCUCCUGCACACCAAACAGAAGAAUAAUAACAAGAGGCUCACAUCGUUAUCAUUUCUGUCCCGUUGUUCCCGUCCCGACUUAUUUUCUUAAUAAUAUGUGGAAAUAAGAAAUGAAUGCAAAAACUUUCACCAAAAAAGUAAUAAUAAUCAUGCACAAAUAACCCACCAUCACCGACUGUGUGAUACAAUUUUCCAAAGGUGAUUGAAUCUCAAUUUCAAACUCGUCAAUAAUCUCCACUUUUUUAUGAAAAAGAUAAUGAAUGGCAUGUCAUUUCUUGCAUACCAACAAAAUAUUUACUUAUUAAUCCCGUCAUAUUUUGAAGGCCAGGAGAAUGGGAAAAAUAAUGAUGCAAAAGACACUGAAAUACCUCAUAUCUAUAUUUAACAAAGUAGAAAAAAGUGCCCCCAUCCAUCCAGAGAAGAAUGAUCUUCUCUCUUAUCCUCCUCCUCCAUUAAUUAAUUCUCACCACCAACCACUCUGCGUACUUUUAACUAUGAACGUAUACAUAUAUUAACAGAUACUCUGCAUGUCUGACCACAUUCGUGACAUUUCUCAUUUUCACUUUUUCUCUACGUACUACAUACAUAUACGCACUACUGACCUAAAGUUAGCUAGUUAGUUAAUUACGUAAGGUGUUAGAGUUGCAAGCUAAAAAAAUAUUAUGCCCCCAACCAACCACACCACACCUAUUUGACCGACUUUUAAUACCCACCCAGUGUGAAUUUUAUCGCUAUGUAAUUAAACAUGAUCGCGUGUAAAUACGCAAGUUUUUUUCCGUACUCUCUGUCAACAAACCGAUUUAAUUAUUCUUUUGAGAGAAAAAAAUUAAUCCUUAAGCAUUACUCUUUCUUUUUCGUGCUCUCUCCUUCAAAUAUUUUAUUGAGUGAAAAUAAUCUGUCUCCGCAAAUUAUUGUUUCAAUUGCGGAUGGGUUUAUUUUGGUCCCGCAUUUUUCAUUUACUUACUUAUUUAAUAAGCAUUUUACUUACCAAACCAAUGGCCGGUGUCUAAAUAACUAGAGGAUAGAUGAUAAAGAGGUAGAGAAAAUCAUUUACAACUACACAAUUCACACCUAUUUACGUCGUCCUAAUUCAGUCAGCCAACGCCGUACAAGUUGAAUUUAAAGCAAUGUAGUCAGUCCACGACAUAAUCCAAUACAUAAUAAUUAUCCAAUCCACACGUACCGACAAACAACACCAGAAGUUGUCUGGUCUCUCAGUAACUAUAUUAUUAUUAAUUAUUAUUAUUAUUAUAUAUAAAAAAGUAUGAGAAAUACAUUACUUGCUACUUAUUAUAAAAUAUUAUGCAAUUAAAUACUAUUACGUAUUAUUAUCUUAUCCACUUGUACUUGUUGUUAUUACAUACAAUUCUUAGGGUUAAGUAGUUGUAAAAAAUAUAAGAAUAUUAUUGUUACGAUAAUAAUGUCGGAUUUUGAGAUGAGUGCAAUAUUUAUUGUCGUCGCAACCUAUCAAGGGCGGAAAAUUACGCAAAAUUAGAAAGAGGUCGGGUUGUGAGCUCAUAGGAGAUGACGAAGAGGGAGAAAUAAUUGUAAAAAAUUAUUCAUUUCUAUCCGAGGAUUCAUAAUAAUGAUAAUAGUAAUAAUAUUAUACUGCUAAAAUACAUACAUGAUAAUGUCUCGGGAAUGAUUGAUAUAUCCGACAAGAAACUUGAGCCACUGAGUAAAUAAAUAUUCUUCAUAUUCAAAAUAA